CUCUUUUCCUCCCGCACUUCUCGGCUUUUCUGGAGACCUUUUCGCUGCCUUCCACGUAGUAAGCGUGUGGAAAAGGUCGGAGGACUUUGCAUCUCAAAAACUCGGGAAACAUGGACCUUGUGCCCGCCCCAGGAGUGUGACAGCGUCUCUCCGCAGUGGGUUUGCUCCAUCGGCGCGACAGCCACCGACAUUUCGUUUCGGAACUGCAACCUCCUCACGAACCGUCUGCCAUUCCGCUUGUCGAGCGUACCCCGAUGCGCCUUUCUGUUCACCGUGCAUUCCUCUCACGGUUUCCGACUUCCAGUUUCCUGCCCUGCGGGGAGGAGACUGUCGAGACAGACGAUUCUGCUACCACCAAGCCUGGUGCGUUCGCUCGCUGUUCUCUGAGGCGGCCUCCACCCGUUUGAAGCCUUCAGAGUUAAACUCCCGCGUUUCCUGUGUUGUAUGCUCUGCUCCUUCCUCGAGCUUCUUCGUCUCCUGAGACUUCGACGAGUCCGUUUCGAUCUUCAGUCCCGACGACAUCACACCGCCGUCGUCUAGAAGGCUGGAAAGAGAGCUGGCAAGAAGGGAGUCAGGUGCAGCUUGUUCCGUUUUUCCUGGUUUCUGCGCGAGAGGAAGGAAACGAAUUCUCGAGGACCCAGGGAACAAACAUGUGAUUCUCUACUUGGGAACUCCUGAGUUGAGAACGACUUGCAGAGGAGGCUUCGCUUUCGCUCAAGUUCCUUGCUGGACGGACUUGUAUGCCCUGGAAAAAUGGGGGAUCCCGUGGAGCAGUGGCUGGAGGACUGCCUCACUCUGCCAGGGAAACUCCAACGCGCUCUGCGGCUCAUGGCCCAUCUCGAACAAGAAGUUUCGCGAAUUGAGACACAGUUUCGCGUCCGUGAAAAAGAAUAUCUGGGGCAGUUGCGACAGUCGCAUCAACAAGGAACGCCGUGGCCGGCGCCGAAACAGGAUGAAGAAAUCGGGGCGAUCAAGCAACUCCACUACAAGUGCCGGGCUCUGCUUCGCGAGAAGGUGGUGGUGAACAAGCAGAUCGCCUCCUUCAUCCACUUCGAGCAACAGCGCCUGGUGAAGGAACGCGACAAGCUGCUGCACUCGAUGCAUGGCCUCGGCGCCGCCACGAAUCUCAAGUCGCACUCUGUGUCUGUGUCUCCGGAGCCUGGCGCGGCCGCGCCCGCGGUCGCCGGUCCAGCCGGCGGGCCUCCCGCUGCGGGCGCGUUCGGCGCGACGCACACCGGCAGCGCAGGCGGCAGCACCGUCGGCCGAAGCGCCUUGAGGCGACGCGGGACCGACAGAAGCCACCUGGGGAGCAACAGCGACGCGGGCCUCGGGCCGUCGGUGCCCGAACGAACAGGUUUCGACGGAGACGCUUUCUACCCCAGAGGCGCGGAUCGCGCAGGCUUCAACGGAGAGUUUCAGACGGGAGCCCCGAGCGUGGUCUCCGGCGCCGGGUCGACUGCGGGUCGCGCGCGACAACAAGGCGGAGGUCCCCAGGGCGUCGCUGUGGGGUCUGGGGUAGGCCCGCUGGCGGGGCCUCCCUCGGCUGGCAGCGACGUCUCCGUCGGCUCUGCCACUGCUCACCCGCCUCCGAAGAAGGCCCGGAAAGCGCACGAGAGCCACGGCGCUUCUGCAUCUCGGCUUCCGUCUUCGCAGUCGAGCGCGGUGACGUCUGAAGCUGUGGGGUCUGGGGGCGCCUUGCCGAGUUCUGGGCCUUCUCACCCGACCGCGCCUGGCGUCGGCGAGGCCCGAGGCCCCGCGGGCCUUUCGCUGUCUCCGGGCGUGCAAGGCCCGGCGGUUUCAGGCUCUAAAGGCGGAGGCCGGUCGCGGCAGCAGCCUUCUCACAGCGGUCGGAGCCGUCACGACGGAGGUUCGCGGACAGGAACCGCUUGCUCCGUUCCGUCGGUCUCCGCAACGCCGACGCCUGCGUACGCUGCGCAGCGUCUGGGGCCGUCCCCGUUCUUCCCGACUGGAAGUCCGGAGCCUUCAGGCGCGCAUGCAGUUGGGCCUUCUGGAGCCUCGGGCGCGAGCGUGGCGUCGAGUGGUGCCGCCGCCAGCGACGGCGCAGACACCUGGGAGGGGAUUUGCCCAGUUUGCCACAAAGGCGAGAGUUCGGAGUGCAACAACAUGGUUGCGUGCGAUGCCUGUAAUCAGUGGUUCCACUUCGAGUGCGUGGGCUACUCGGCUGAAACUCACGAGGACGACGCCUGGUUCUGCCCGCAGUGCUACCAGAACGGACUGGUGCCGUGAUAUCUCUGUCUCCCUUUUUCCUCUGGUGGCUGUUGCUGAAGCACGCAGAGAGCUGCGUCGUAUGUUCGGAGACGAACGUUUUUUGUGGGCAAUUUGGGGGGUGGCAGGAAGAUGAGAAACACACAUGUCCCUGGACCUCUGCGACUCCUGGAAACAGACUGUCGGCUCCCGAGUGCAUGCGAAGUGCACAACCACUGCAGGCCCGUUAGCGACGUCCACCCCUUUUCUGGAAAGAUGAGAAACGUUAAUAUUCUGCGCCAUCUCCACAUCGCUUCACACUGAGCUCUUUGCCUCCGCAGACGUGUGUUCACAUGCAUGCGGUUGGCGUCCAUCGGGUACCGGCGCCCGAAGGUGCAGAGAGAGAGGCCUCGGCGAUGAUCAGGCCCAGAUAGGACCUACCGGAGGGAAGGCGAGAGAAACGACAGACCGACCUCUCCCUGUUUCGAACGUUAGAGACCUAGACACCGAGGGGGGGGGGGGAGCCACUGACAGAGACCCGUGGAAAUGGUGAAAAAGCCGAGGACUGGGGCAGGAGAUUCAACCGUAGAAGGUGCACAGGAAACCACGGAAGAUCGGACAGCUCAGUGAAAACGGAAAAGCGGACGCCACAGUCCUGAGGUCCGCGAGGCACGCGUGUGAAUUAGCUGGAAAAGAUUUGCAGUUUUGCACAGAAGCCACCGAGACGCAGGCGAGGGUCACAAGGCCCUCGCCUGCGUCUCCUUUCGAGCGACAAAACGAACAGUCUCCUCACCACGUGGUGGCAGUGCGCUUAAGCACUCCGCAAGUGAAAGUUAGCCACAGGUGUGCAAAUAUAUAGCAAAUAUAUAUACAUAUAUAUAUAUAUCGUAAAUAUCUAUUUAGUGCAUAUGCAUAUACUUAUAAAUAUGAAUCUAUAUGCAUUAAGGAGCAACUUGUGUUUCCUGUUUUUUCGUGCUCUUCUGUCCAACAUUCGGGCAGCUGCGUUCUGCGUCUUUCUGUCGCGCCUGUCUUGGUGAAUCUGGAGAACCCGAGUAUCCCCGUUUUUCAAGUGCCGAUGCAUCCGUUAAGCCUUGGUUUCCAUUUGGAGAAGAGACACGCGAGAAGGCCCCAGGGGCCCGGCAGCGGG